AUGGAGGACAACUACAACAUGCUCUUGCUGCAGGGAAUUGUUGACCUCAGGUUUCUUGACAUUGUAACUGGUUGGUCUGGGUGCAUGACGGUGUCUAGACUUUUAAAGUGUUCAGGGUUUUUCAAGCUCUGUGAAGGUGGACAGCGUUUGAAUGAAAAUAUUAGAACUUUAUCUGGAGGAGUAGAGAUUAGAGAAUGCUUAGUUGGUGGGGUUGGCUAUCCUCUGCUUCCCUGGCUCAUAACUCCUUAUGAAAGCAAUGGCCUCCCAGCUUCCAUUUCCGAUGUCGUGCAUGGGGCUGCAAGGUCACUUGCAGUAACGGCAUUCUCGCAGUUAAAGGGCACUUGGAGAAUCCUUAACAAGGUCAUAUGGAGACCCGAUAAGCGGAAACUUCCGAGCAUCAUCUUGGUCUUCCACGGUUAUUUGAAGGUUUCUCAACUUUUGUACAUCAGAAUCAAGUCUUUCUGGAAUCCUUCUCUUGUUGCCUUCUUGACGGGGCUCUGUAAAUCUCUUAGAGAUCUCUAA